AUGGCGCUCCCUGUGAUAGACUUUGGGCCUUUCCUCGACAUAUCGAGUUCGUUGCAACAAAAACAUCACGUCGCACUCGAAAUCGACAAGGCAUGCCGCGAAGUGGGCUUCUUCUAUCUCAAGAACCAUGGCGUCCCUUCCGAUCUGGUCGCCGACCUACUUACCAAGACGCGAGAGGUCUUCGAGACAUCCACGCCAGAGGAGAAGGAAUGUCUGGCAAUGAAAGGGUCGGAUGAGGGAGGUGAUAGCGCUCGAGGAUGGUUGAAGGUCAAGAAUGAGUCGGGAUCUCACGAAGUUCGUGGAAACAUGUCCUUUUGA